AUGCCUAACUCAGAGGACUACACAGUGGGAUGGAUCUGUGCUAUUGUCAAAGAAUAUGUUGCGGCGCAAGUCUUCCUCGAUGAGAGAUAUCCCAGCCCCGAGUUCGUGGCUUGCAAUGACAGUAAUGCCUACGCACUGGGAAGAAUGGGGAGACAUAAAGUUGUGAUAGCUGUGCUUCCCGACGGAGAGUAUGGUAUAUCCGCUGCAACAGGGGUCGUGAAGGAUAUGCUGCACAGCUUUCCUAACGUCAGAAUCGGCCUUAUGGUUGGCAUUGGCGGUGGAGCACCCAGCCCAAAGCAUGAUAUCCGGCUGGGUGAUAUUGUCGUCAGUGCUCCUCGCGACAAUAGUGGCGGUGUGUUCCAGUACGACUUCGGCAAGACAAUUCAAGACCAGCAAUUCUACACUACUGGGUUCUUGAACCAGCCUCCGACCCUCCUGCGUUGCGCUGUAGCUGACAUCAGGGCCAAAUUUGAGAUAGAAGGUCACCAGCUUGAAGCUGCCAUUGAGGCUGUUCUCGAAAACAAGCCAACGCUUCGCAGGAAAUACAAACGGCCGAACCAAGACAGCGAUAGACUGUAUCAAAGUGAAGUUGUUCAUCCUGUAGCUGAUGACGAGGCCUGUAUCACGACCUGUGGUGAUGGUCCGCCGACUGCGAUAGCACGGCCUGAGAGAACCGAUGAAGAUGAGAACCCAACAAUUCACUACGGCCUGAUUGCUUCAGCAAACCAGCUAAUGAAGGAUGCUUUCGUUCGGGACCAACUUGCCAAAGAAAAGGAUGUGUUAUGUUUCGAAAUGGAAGCGGCUGGGCUGAUGAACCAAUUUCCUUGCCUAGUAAUCCGCGGUAUAUGUGACUAUUCAGAUUCCCAUAAGAACAAGGAGUGGCAAGGUUAUGCAGCAAUGACGGCUGCCGCAUACGCCAAGGACCUCCUUUGUUGCAUCCCCCCGAAUAAGAUCGAGGCCGAGAAAAAGAUUAAGGACAUUCUUUCUGAUAUCGGGACGAGUAUCAAAAACAUCGACUUAAAGUUGAGCAGAAAGGAAGAUCUUGAAAUGCUCAAAUGGCUCAGCCCAACUGAUUACGACGCGGAGCAGAACGAUCAUUUUGGACAAAGACAAGAGAAUACCGGCCAAUGGUUUAUCAAUUCCUCCGAGUUUCGAAAUUGGAUCGAGAUCAGUGGGCAAAUUUUGUUUUGUCCAGGGAUUCCAGGAGCAGGAAAGACAAUAAUGGUGUCAACAGUGAUUGACCAUCUGAAAACUCGCUUCUUGGAAGAUGAGUCUGUUGGUAUCGGCUUUCUUUAUUUUAACUUCAGGCGUCAAGGCCAAAAUGUGCAGGAUCUCUUCAGCAGUUUGCUGAUGCAACUUAGCCGAGGCCGACCAGCUCUACCGGUUCAAACACUCUAUAAGAAACAUCAGGCAAUGUUCACUCGGCCUCAGAUUGAUGAAAUAUUGGAAACCCUUCAAGCUCUAAUAUCGAUGUAUGAAAGAGUAUUCAUCGUUGUCGACGCACUCGAUGAAUACCAGUCCUCUGAUGGUUGUCUGGAUACUUUUUUAACCAACAUAUUCGAGAUCCAAUAUGAGACUCAAUUAAACCUCAUGGCGACAUCGAGACAUAUUGCGGAAAUUGAAACGAGGUUUCGUGGGGGGAGCUUACUGGAAAUACGAGCUGUAGACGAAGAUGUGCGAACGUAUCUGGUUGGCCAUAUGGAUAGACUGCCAAACUUCGUCCGGCGUGAUGCCGAGUUACAAAAUCGAAUAAGGUCCACAAUAGCUCAGGCUGUCAAUGGAAUGUUUCUUCUCGCUUCUUUACAUAUAGACACCCUCUCUAAGGAGCCUACAGUCGGUCAUCUGGAACUGGCAUUGAAUACUUUGCCCAAGGGACUGGAUGAGACGUAUGAGCAUGCUUUAGUGCGCAUCGAAAGGCAAGGUGGGGGACUCCAGCAACUAGCAAAGGCGGUCUUAUCUUGGCUGGUGUUUGCACGCAGACAGCUUUCUCCGGCUGAGCUCCAAUGUGCCCUUGCGAUAAAGCCUGGAAGUUCGAAGCUGGACAGAAAGUUUAUCCCUGAUGUUGAAAUGAUAGGGUCAAUCUGCGCGGGUCUGGUUACACUAGACACCGAAAGCAACGUCAUCCGGUUGGUCCAUAUGACAACGCAGGAAUAUUUCGAGCGCACACACGACCGAUGGUUACCGAAUGCAGAAAAUGAUAUCACAAGAGCUUGCGUCACGUAUGUUUUGUUUGACGAGUUCAAGAGUGGUCCUUGUCUAUCAGACAAUGAGUUCAUGGAGCGUCUGGAAUCAAACCAACUUUACCGCUAUGCAAUAGAUCAUUGCGUUUGUUCCCUCCAGGAUUCUGCAGAAUUACAAAAAGAAACAAUGAUGCUCUUACAUUCUAAGGGGAGUUUAGAAGCUGCAAUUCAAACUUAUAUUGUUGCGAAAUAUAUCUCUCCCAUGUAUCCUUUUGCAAAUCACAGCCAAUCAUUCCCGCAGGGAGUGAGCAUGCUUCAUGUGGCAGCCUAUUGUGGGAUAACCAAGGCAGUAGAAAUCCUUCUCUUAAGCGGGGCUGAGCCCUCUGCGAAGGAUGACUCAAAUCGAACGCCGCUCCUUUAUGCCGCCGCAAGUGGUUAUGAGACUGUAGUAAAGCAGCUUCUCGAUGCUGACCAGACUAUUGUUGAUUUGAUGGGUAGGGGCUACCGAACACCGCUUUCAUAUGCUGCUGAACGUGGCCAUGCUAGCGUAGUCAGGCUACUACUUGAUACUGGCAAGGCCAAAGUUGACUUGAGAGAUCAUACUGGUCGAAUUCCUCUUUCAUAUGCGGCAAAAUGCGGCAAUGGGGACAUAGUCAAGCUACUACUUGAAACAGGAAAUGCGAUCGCCGACUGGAUAGAUAAUAAAGGCCGAUCACCACUAUCAUAUGCGGCAAGAUAUGGCUACGGGGAUAUAGUCAAGCUGCUACUCGAAACCGGUGAUGUUGAUCCCGACUCAAAAGACGUAAAUGGUCGGUCACCAUUAUCAUAUGCGGCCGAGCACGGCGAUGAGGCUACAACCAGGUUGCUUCUUUAUACCAAUACUGUUGAUAUAAACUCCAAAGAUAAAGAUGGCCGGUCACCGCUUUCAUAUGCUGCCGGGAAAGGCAACGAGGCUGCAGUUAGGCUGCUACUUGGUAUAAGUUCAACUGAUGUCAACUCAAAGGACAAUAGCAAUAUGACACCGCUUUCACAUGCUGCCAACAACAACCAUGAAAGUAUUGUUAUGAUGCUUUCUGACCGAUGGAAUCGUGACGGUCGGGCAGCUAGUGACUGGCAGGCGGACAUAUUCGACCCUUCCAUGCUCCAUGACCACAUCGUGGACAUACUGCUCGAAAAGGGAAAGCUGGAUAUUGCCUCAGAGAAUGGUCGAUCUCCGCUCUUCUGGGCAGCCAGAGCUGGCGUAAAGACGACAGUUGAGCUGCUUCUCAAGUUAGGAAAGAUUAAUGUCAACGCGAAGGAUAUCUUCUUUGGCCGCACACCGUUGUUAUGGGCUAUUGAAGGGGGAAAAGAAGAAAUGGUCAAGCUGCUCCUUGAUGUACCGAACAUUGACGUCAACCUGAAAAGCGGCCAAGGCCGCUCGCCACUACUUUCAGCUGUUUUUCGAGAGAAUGAGACUAUAACGAAGCUUUUGAUCAGCACAGGCAGGGUUAAAGUUAAUUCGAAGGAUUUGAUGCAUGGCAUGACGGCAUUUGGAUACGCGGCUAUGAAUGGGAACGUGGCUAUUAUGAGGCUGCUUCUCGAUACAGGAAUGGUCAACAUUAACGCGAGAUCACGUGAAGGUCACACCCCAUUAUAUCAUGCUGUCAUGAGCGGUCAAGAGGCUGCAAUGAUGUUACUACUUGAUACAGGAAAGGCCGAUAUUGAGUCAAGGCACUUAGAUGGUGUGCCGCUACUCCCAUUGGCUGCUCGGAAAGGGCACGAGGGCCUAGCUAAGUUCCUCCUUGAUAGAGGAAAGGCUGAUGUUAACUCAAGAGGUUGGAAGGACAAAACGCCAAUUAUACUUGCUGCUGAACGGGGGCAUGAGGGUGUAGUGAAACUGCUGCUCGAGACAGACGGGUUAGAUAUUGAUCUGAAGGAUUCCUUUGGGCUCACCGCGCUCGACUGGGCAAAGAAAAACAAGCAUGAGGCUGUGAGGGAGUUACUGCAAGCUCGAUUGAGCACAUAG